AUGCCCCUCAUCCCUGACGAGUCAGGUCUUGCGUCGCACCAUACCUUCGCAUCCCCACCAGAACGGUUAGUGACUAGGAGUACUCCAUCUUCCACCGUUCAUAGUCGAGAAACAUCCGCCGUUAGAGGAAGACCAGCCGACCCCUGCACGCUCGCCCCUUCGACCCUUCAACCUCAAAAUACCCGCCGUGGCCAUUCUCAUUCCAAAAGCCCUGAGACUGCUUCCGGACGCCCCGGCGCUAGCUACGAUGCUACUCUGGAGAGGCGUCCUUCUAAUUCAUACGGACACCAUCGCCAGACUUCGAUUGUUCAUGGGAUCCAGCACUCCCGCAACCCCAGCUUCGCCGCCUCCUCCACCUCCAAUAGUCCUCUGAGCCCGGAGAUGAUCGCGUCCCUCGGGCGUGGCGCUAGCGUUGAGCAGGAUAAUUCUCCGCUAGGCCGACUGGAGCAGCUUGAUAUGCAUACACUUCACCAGAACCAGGGGACCAACGGGACGGCUCAUACCCUUCAGGGCAUGUUGAGCACCAUUGAAGAUCGGGAUACUGAUGAAGCCCCGGAGGGUGGACCGGCGAACCCAGCACAUAGAAGGAUGAACUCGAGUGGGAAACCACGCUCACAUAGUCGGUCGCAUUCAAAGAAUCAUCAUACAGAAUCAAAGACUGUGGGGGAAUAUGCCUUACACCAUCUGUUCAACUCUUUCGUUGGCCAGGCGGACAACAAGAUAAACCAAGCAAUUAUGAAACUAGGGGAAUCUGACGUGCCUGUGGAAAUGGUAUGUGGACCGGGAGCAGAUCCUGGCUUUGAUCAGUUGAUCUCCGCUCUUGGCCAUAUCGCACGGCAAAAGCCGAAACCAUUGAUUGAUACAAUCAUGUUCUGGCGUAAAGCCAAAGGUGAUGCUGCGAUCAUGGCCAAACAAGUACCUAAUCAAUCCAAGGAGAACGGCUUACUUAUACGGCGGAAUACAGAACCACCCCAAGUGGCUGCUGAAACAGCUGCUCAGCCAGAUCACCCUCCUAACCCUAUCUUCUCCAGGAGUGACGAUGUCAUUUUGGCUGAGCGCCGUGCAACGGUAUCGGUGUAUCUCGUUUGCCGAGUGCUGAUUGAGAUUUUCAAUCAGAGUAGUCUUGCUUCUAUCACCGUCGACAUGGCUGAGCGCUUGGAAGAAAUUGUGUUUGGCCAACUCAAGACGGUUGAUCCAGACCAGGUUGCAGCCUCCCCACUUCGCAUAGCUAACUGGAGGAUAUAUUCGCAACUGCUCGGGAUUAUGAGUGAAACAAACUUCACAAGCGUCACAAGCCGUUUUAUAACGGAAUUGGAACGGUACCAAAAGGAAGAAACACUUCGGGGACCUUCAAAGGAUGGCGAUGCCAGAGCAGAGCUUCUGAUAUUGGGGAUGAGACAUCUCCGAAUUAGGACCUAUCCAGACGCAUGGCCUAAGUCGUGUGACUUCAUGCGGUUACUGGCACGGUUGUUUGUUAAUGCGCAUGGGCAGCGGGUUAAGCAGGCUUACUGUUAUAUUUUCGAAAAGCUGCUUCUCCCGGUGGCAGCGAAUCCUAACUGCGAUUUAUCCCUGCCUAGGUGGAAGGAAUUCUUGGAUUUGGUUCAAUCGCGCCUGUCACAAAUGCUGACCAAACCUCGCCACUGGGCUGCCGCUUUCCCUCUCCACGUUUUACUCUUGUGUGUUUCCUCCAAAGAGAACUUUUCUUCCCAAUGGCUGUCUGUCAUUUUAGGGCUGCCGGCAAGGCUAAAGGACCGUCCUACCAGAGGCCCAGCUCUCCAUGCCAUGUGUCGCUUACUCUGGACGUACUUUUUCCGCUAUUCAGAGUCUCCGACAGCUACUCUCCGAAAAGUUGAUGAAGUAGCUAGAAUUGCACUACCUGUGGGCAAGAGAACAUACUUGAGCACCGAGCCGGCGGUCACCGAGCCGUUGAUCCAGCUGGUGCGUAUGAUUGGAUUCAAACAUCCGGAGGUUUGUUUCCGUAACAUCAUAUUCCCUAUGAUAAAUUCGGACCUCUUCCUAUCCGGCAAAGAAUUGAAGAUCGAGCAGAUGGAGCCGGAGAAGAUGGUCAUCGGCAUUAGAUCAUUCCUUGCUAUAGUUACCGACCUUGAGAAUUGUGACCAGCUAUGCCCUCCGUUCCCAACUGGGUCGAUACCGAACCCCUUCACUGACAUCUCAGCAUCGACCAACCUACUACGGCCCCAAUUCCUUGCGGACCCGCGGUUACCAACUACUUUGGAAAGCCGAGACGAUGCACGGCCACGUCCCGUCAACACUUCCAGGCUGAGUGACAACGUUAGGACUUACUAUAUCCGCUUCUGCGAGAUAUUGGGUAAAAUCACCCUUCUGUGCGACAACACAUUCGGCGGCCAGGCCGCUUUGGAUGAGAAGUUUGGAAGCGCGACUCCGAAGACCCCGAUCUCAGAGGCGUUCAGCUUUGGGAGGCGCGAUGAUCACAUAAACACAUUAGAUCAACGGCAAGGCUUUUACGAUUUGCUUCAUGUUGCCGUUCAAGCACUUCCUCGGUGCUUGUCAGAUCAUAUACCGUUUAACUCGUUGAUCAAUUUGCUCUGUACUGGCACCGCCCACGUGCAAUCCAAUAUAGCGUUUUCAUCCGCAGAGUCUCUGAAGGCGAUUGCCAGGCAAUGCCACGCUCAGCAGGUAACUAUAGGCUUUGCUCGAUUUAUUUUUAACUUUGAUGCAAGGUAUUCAACAAUGUCAGAUGAAGGCAUGCUUGGCCCAGGCCAUAUAGAAUCUACGUUGAGGCUCUAUGUGGAGUUGUUGGAGAUUUGGAUAGAGGAGAUCAAGCACAAGAGCAAGGGAGCCGUCGCGGCUGAUUUAGGUGAUAAGUCCGGCUCUGGUAGCCGCGCCUUGCACCUUGACCUCUCUAGUGUUCUGGCUCAUGUUGAAGAGAUUGAAUCUCAUGGCCUAUUUUUUCUGUGCUCGCAGUCUAGAAGGGUGCGAGCUUUCGCCAUAACAGUGCUGCGGCUUAUCACGGAGUUUGACAGGGCCCUUGGUAAGGAGAAUACACGAAUCAUCAAAAUUCUCGAGGCCGACUCUCACCAGAUCUUGAAUGUAAGCGAUGAGCAACUUACCGUUGCCGAGAGAAGCCGGAUUCAGAAAGGAAAACGGAGGAGUGCAUCACAAAAUACACUUAUCGAACUAUGUAGCAGUGAAGUGUCGUACGAUUCAACACUGUGGUCAAAGGUGUUUCCAAAUAUUAUCCGGAUCAGCUUUGAGACUUGUCCGUUUGCUGUGACUCUCGGGCGGGAGAUUGUUUGCGCAAGGCUUGUUCAGAUGCACAAAACGAUCACGGGACUUGCUGAAAAUCCCCAACAUCCUCCAUAUGGCCCCUUGGAUGCCCCACAGGCCCGCCCCCCUGGGAGAUCCCAUAUGACGGCUGAGAUUCUGAUCGAACAGUGGAAGCUUUACUUGGUCAUGGCGUGCACGACUGUCAACAGUGUAGGCGCACAAUCUCAGAGUCAGCUAGCCAAUGCCCAACAUGCGCGGAAAUCCUCGAAAGGUUCACAGCAGACAAACGACAAGAUUAGUUCCGCCAGGAGCCUCUUCGCAUUUGUAAUUCCGUUGCUGUCAGCUGAAAGGGCUUCCAUCCGCAAUGCAAUUGUUGUCGCUUUGGGUUCCAUAAAUACGAAUCUUUAUCGUACAUUACUCGAGUCGCUCCAGUACGCCGUCACAACCUGCAACGAGGAAGCUAAGAUUCGCAUUGGCACACACUACCGAUCUCCGAGCAGUCCUAGACGCAAUCGAAGAACGGAUAGGCUGCGGACCGAAGUCACACAUGUUUACAAGCUUACAUCACACUUUCUGCAGGAGCCAGAAGUGUAUAAUGACGACUGGAUCGUCAACAAUCUCGUGACGUAUGCGAAAGAUCUACGAAUAUUUUUGAGUGAUGCCGAAGUUCAGAAUGACUGGGAAUUCCAGCGGCUACGAUUUCACUACUGCGGGCUAAUGGAAGAGCUUUUUGAAGGAAUCCAUCGUACAAAGGAUUCUUCACGUUGGAUACCGUUUGAAUCCAGAAAGUCCGCGUUCUCUCUCAUGGAAGAUUGGUGUGGAUACUCCCCGAACCAGACCCAGAUCUCGCAGAGAGAGGAAAAUAUGCGCAAACUUGCCAUUACAAAUCAGCGCGAAACAGGUGACCUACGCAACACUGCGGCAGCCAUGGAAAUAGAAAAGAAGAAUUUACGUGCAGCGGCGCUUAGCGCAAUGGCAUCUUUGUGUGCGGGACCAAUCAGCAUUACAACAGAAAGUGGCUCAGUACUUCAAUUCGAUGUGGGACGAAUGCUAUCGUGGAUUCACAUCAUCUUUACCGCCAUUAGUGAUAAGUGGCAUGCGAUUGGCAGGCGAGCACUUAAGAAUCUGAUCGUUCACAAUAAAGAGCAUUCUUACCUGCUGGAACGGUCGAUAGAGAUGUGUUAUGUCACAGAACGGCCCAAGGCUCUUGAGAGUUAUUUUGAAGUGGUCUCUGAGGUACUCAUCGAACACACGGACUACCCGCUUGGCUUCUGGAGGAUCUUGGGGGCCGUCCUCGUUACCCUUGGUAAUCAGAAACGGGAAAUCAGAAUGAAGUCCGCCAAACUUCUUCGCAUUCUAGAGGAACGCCAACAGAAGAGCUCUAGACUGCAAGACUUCGACAUCAGUAUCUCUGAUAAAACCACCGCCGUAUACAAACUAGCUCAGUUUGAAACGUCUAAGCGUUUAGCAAAACAACACUCUGACCUCGCCUUCACUCUCUUUUCAGAAUUCUCCUUGCACUUCAGGAACUUGGGGCCCGAUAGCCAACGAAAUAUGGUUGCUGCUAUUUUGCCAUGGGUACAGACGAUAGAGCUUCAGGUUGAUCCCAACGGCGGGCCCACGGCCAGGUCAUAUAUGCUUCUAGCCAACCUUUUCGAGAUUACCAUUCGGUGCAGCACGAUACUUCCAAAUGAGGUUCAAGCUCUUUGGCAAGCAUUGACGACAGGUCCACACGGCGGGAACGUGCAGCUGGUUCUCGACUUCGUUAUUAGUCUUUGCUUGGAGCGUAAAGAACAGAACUUUGUGGAAUAUGCUAAGCAAGUUGUUGUUUUCCUUGCAGGAACUCCUGCUGGCUCAAAGGUUAUCGAGUUUUUCUUGCUGCAAGUUGUUCCUAAGAACAUGGUGCAGGAGAGGAAAGAUAUAACCCCGCCCCCACCGGAUAUCAAGGGCUUGCCUUAUGUUGCAGACCUGGCAGCUGUGCUCCCCGUGGGGAACAAACAGGCGGGGCUUUCUCUUGGCCAAGUUGCUCUAAUAUUUCUCGUGGACUUGAUGGUUGCUCCCGUUACUCUUCCCCUGGAAGAUGUAGUCAAGCUACUUCACGUCGUCCUGAUUCUCUGGGAUCACUACACACUCACCGUACAAGAGCAGGCUAGAGAAAUGUUGGUUCACCUGAUUCAUGAACUAAUUGCUGCCAAGCUUGAAGACGACGCCUCAGCUGGGACUAGGCAGUCUAUCGAAGAUUUUGUAGAGUCUAUCCGCAAGAGCGAUCCAAAGGUGGUAUGGGAAUAUGAAGACCUGAAUGAUAAGGAUGAAGAGGAUAACGGUAGCCGGGUUCCUUCGUCGAUGGGAAGUGUGACUCGGCAGGUUGUUGAUUUCUUUAGUUUGGCCUAUGAAGGUAUAAAUGAUCUUUGGGCUAAAGAGGCUCUAAAUUGGGCGACUUCAUGCCCGGUACGACAUCUUGCUUGUCGAUCAUUCCAAGUAUUUCGCUGCAUAUCUAUGUCAUUGGACGCUAGGAUGCUUGCAGAUAUGCUAGCUCGACUGUCCAAUACGAUUGCGGACGAGGAAGCGGACUACCGAACGUUUUCGAUGGAGAUUCUCACAACGCUCAAGAUUAUAAUUAGCUCCUUGGCCCCAACACAUCUUCUGCGCUUUCCACAAUUGUUUUGGACCACUUGUGCAUGUCUAAACACUAUUCAUGAGACGGAGUUUGUUGAGAGUAUUGGUAUGUUGGAAAAGUUCAUGGAGCGUGUCGAUCUAAGUGACCCGAUGGUCGUCACAGAGCUUAUCAAAACCCAGCCCCCUAAAUGGGAAGGUGGAUUUGAUGGUCUUCAGAAUCUAGUUUACAAAGGUUUAAAAUCACGCGAAUCGCUUAACCUGACACUGGAUAUUCUACACCGUUUGAGUGGUUUUCCAAACAACGAACUCAUGGGUGAUGGUAACCGCCUUCUCUUCACAAUUCUGGCAAACAUGGCCCACUUUCUACAUCAGUUUGAUCCCGCCGUCGAUGACCCGAAGACACUUGCUCGUGCUACGUUGUUAGCUCGUGUUGCUGAGAGUGAGAGGUGCCCGCGUCUUGCAGCUUCGCUCCUCGGGUUUGCCAAUGGACAGUAUAAGGCCGAGAACGAUUUCUUAAGCCACAUUAUCACCGAAAUACGCUCGUACUAUUUCCCUCGGCAAGAUGUUCAAAGCCUCAUCUUCCUUAUGGGCUUGCUGACCAACACGACCGAUUGGUUUCGGGUCAAAACCAUGAAGAUACUCUGCGUGCUCAUUCCUGAAAUUGACAUGCGACGGGGAGAGGUGACAUGCCAUGGCCCUGACUUGAUCUCACCCCUCCUGCGUCUUUUGCAAACCGAUCUUUGUCCUCAAGCGUUGCAGGUGAUGGAUCAUAUCAUGACUGUCUCAGGCAACCCUAUGGAGCGUCAUCAUCUUCGAAUGAGUAUGGCAUCGUCAUCUUCGUCUCGGGCUAUCCGCAAAGAAUAUGAGCGUAUUCAAAGUCUGUAUGGUAUACCAGAACCCACCGGAUGGUCUAUACCGAUGCCUGCUACCCAGUCGAGUAUCACCCGGCAUAAUGUCCACGCUGUCUUCUACACUUGCGCUGAGGUCGACCGUAUAGAAGUGCAAGAAACAACUCCCUCCGAAGUAGAGUUCCAUGCGGACGAAUACAAUGAUUCCUUUUUCCCUAUGCGGGCUGAUACGAUGAAGUCUAUUGACACGCAGGCGGAUGGCAAUAUUGGAGAUAUUGUACAGAAACUGGACAGCUUGGACGACUUUUUUGAGGAGACCGAGACAAGUAACCCGAUAAUUGACUCUAUGCCAGACUCGACAUUGCGCGGCUUUACAGGGACCUACGUUGACACUAGCGCCAGUCUCUAUGACCAACAAACAGCCCCGAUUUUACGAAAAUCUCUCGCCCGAACAGCUUCCUCGUCGUCUUUUCAUAACGGCCUCGCUGAAUCUCGACCUCCAAAUUUCCGGUUCGACAACCCUGGGGUACAUUCACCAGGGGUACUGACACCUCAAGCGUCGACUCAAACGUUACGUCCAGUGUCGCACGCUCGUUCGGUCACGUCUCCUGUCAAUCAAUUAUUCUCUCCCACGUCAUCCAGUACCCAAUUUGCCACUCCACCAAUUGGCUUCAACGAAUCUGCGUUCCUCUCCGAUGAUGAAGUGGAAGAAGGAAUGUAUGAUCUCGAUGAGCGCAUUAUAGCUAAUAGACUGGCACCCCAUCAACUCAACCAAACACGUAGCGCAACUGAUGGGUCCUCCUCACUCGAAUCCAUGAUCCGCAGUGGUAUGAGACGGCUUACUGGCGGCGCCGCGAAUAACCGAGAUAGGGAGCGACAGCGCGAUCUUGUCCGAGCUCAACACCGGGCUAUGGCUCAGACUGCAAGUUCACCCCGUGUGCCGAAAGUCCCGCCAGAGUAUCUCACAGGUCCAGCCAGCAACCCGGCAUCACCGGGCCAAUAA